AUGGAAGACUUUGAAGAGAACAAUUACAGUAUAAGCUAUUCUUCUAUAGACAAUAAUGAAAUAGACGAUUUAUCUGUGAAUUCUUCUUGUAUUAAUAAUGAUACUAUGGAAGUAAAUAAAACCGGUGAACCAUUACAACCAUGUACUAGAUCAACAUUAAGUCUUAGAAAACAUUUCACCAAACAUAUAGAAAAGGUACCUGAACUGGAUAAAGAAAAGAAGAAGCCGAAUGUUUCUGUUAUCGACAUGCUUCAAAAUCAACAAACUGUUAAUAAUCGUCCUAGUGAACCUUUUGAUUUAAACAUUUUUAAAGAUCUUAUCAAAUGUUGGAUUGUUAAACGCAAUCGACUAUUCAGCAUUGUUGAAGAUAAUAAACUCAAGGAAAUAUUUGCAUAUUUAGAACCUCAGGCAAAUGCGCCCUCUGCAGAUUCUAUAAAAAGAUAUGUUAUGAAUGACUUUGAAGAAAAAUGUCACAAGCUUAUGUCGAUGGGAAUCAUACCAAAGCUUAUGGCUAUUACGCAUAAUAAUGCUGCCUCUAAUAUUAAAUUCAUACAAGAUCUUUCUAAUUUUUUAGAGCAGUUGGGUCUUUAUUUUGAUUAUAGACAACAAUCUAUAAGAUGUUUCACACAUAUUUUAAAUCUUGCUGUUCAUAGUUUAUUAAGUGUUGCAGGAAAUGAACUGAAUAAAUUAUGA